CGAAAAAACCCUUUUCCUCCAGCAACUCAAACUCACCCAAAAAAAAAAAAAAAAAAAAAAGCAAAAAAAUAAAAAGAAGGGUUUUUCCUUCUCGUACUCAAACCCAAACUCUAAAACCCUAGAAUCGGGAGGAAUCGAUCGGGCUGCUAUAUAAGGGGCCAUUCGAUGCUCCCCAAACGCCCAAGCAUCUCAGCCCCUCAUACAAGUGAGGAGCUUCGAUUUAAAUGCUCCUCUCCUUCUUAUACUUCUCUUAUCGUUUCAUGCCUGGAAUCAAAGGUUCUCUCCGUUCUCCGCUCAAAAACGGGGUUUUUGCAUAUCGGAUUUGUGGAAAAACGAAGUUUGGUUUGAGGAUUCAAAGCUCGAGGGUUUGCAGUCAUGGGAGAGAUGAGUAAUCAGGUUGUUCUAUUUGGGUCAUUCAGUGAAGAUGAAACUAGGUUAUUCCAAAGGAAGUCACGGGUAAAUGCUGUGCAGCCUUUGGAAAAGAAAGAGCUGCAAUUUGGCUCUUUGGACUAUGCUACUAUAAGUUCACUAGGAAGUCGCAAGGUUCAACCCCAACAGAAUGAUUCUUCUUCACAGGGAACAGAAGUUCACCUGCCAUCGAAGCCGGUUAUGAAGGACAAAACCUUAAAGAAUGAAAAAGCAACGAUAGGUGAAGAUUUGCAAGGGGUUUCAGGAAAUGCAAAAUCAAAUGGGAGUAUUAAGGAUUGCUCUCAUGAUGUUCCCCCAACUGAUGGGAUUACUGAAAAUGACAAGCCCGGUUUAGACUUGAGUUCUUUGUGUAUAUCUCAGAAUAAAAGUGGCCCUGCAAAGCUACCAGCAAAGCCAGAACUGUAUGUCAUUGAGGGUGGAAAUUCAGCAGAGAAAAAUUUGCUCGUGGAGGGAAACUCUGUUCAGAAUGAGUUCCUUGCUGAUUCAACUACAUUUGCAUCUUUCAAAGAGACUGUUGGCAAAACAAUUACCGAGCAAGAUAUGGCUAUUAAAAAUCUACUGCCACGAGGCCUAAUCAACUCGGGGAAUCUAUGCUUCCUUAAUGCAACAUUGCAGGCACUUCUGUCCUGCUCGCCAUUUGUUCAACUUCUGCAGGAACUAAGAACUCGUAAUAUUCCCAAGAUUGGCUAUCCAACGUUACGUGCAUUUGUUGAGUUUAUCUCUGACUUUGACAUGCACACUGAUUCAAGCUCGAAGAAGAAUGAGACAGUGGUUCUUCAGUCUGGCAGACCUUUCAGCCCUGUCAUGUUUGAGCCUGUUUUGAAAAAUUUCACUCCAGACCUACCGAGUAGCAUAUCUGGCAGGCCAAGACAAGAAGAUGCUCAGGAGUUUCUAAGUUUUGUCAUGGACCAAAUGCAUGAUGAAUUACUGAAGUUUGAAGGUCAAUUUUCGAGCUUGAAUGGGGGCAAACCGUCUUUAAUUUCAUCUGUAGAAGAUGAUGAUUGGGAGACUGUUGGGCCAAAGAACAAGUCUGCAGUGACAAGAACACAGACCUUCAUGCCAUCAGAAUUAAGUAACAUUUUUGGAGGACAACUAAGAAGUGUUGUAAAGGCAAGAGGUAACAAGCCUUCAGCUACAGUUCAGCCGUUCCUUCUGCUCCACCUUGAUAUUUUCCCAGAAGCUGUCCAUACUAUUGAAGAUGCACUUCGUCGGUUUUCUGCUCCAGAGACACUUGAAGGUUACAGAACAUCACCUGGGAAGGCUGGGGUGGUGAGUGCUAGCAAGUCUGUGACGAUACAGAAGCUCUCCAAUAUGAUGAUACUGCACCUGAUGCGAUUUGGAUAUGGAAGCAAAGGAAGCACCAAACUGCAUAAACCUGUCCGCUUUCCCCUUGAACUGGUCCUGGGCCGUGAGUUGCUUGUCUCUCCAUCUUCGGAGGGUCGCAGAUAUGAGCUUGUUGCCACUAUCACACACCAUGGUAGGGAGCCCUCAAAGGGGCAUUACACAGCUGAUGCCAGGUACUCUGACGGCCAGUGGCUUCGAUUCGAUGAUGCAUCUGUCUCUGCCGUGGGCAUUGGGAAAGUGUUGCAUGAUCAGGCAUAUGUUCUCUUCUACAGGCAGCUGUAGCAAAACAACUCGCUGUUGUAAUUGAUGUUUUUUUCCGCGAUGAGAUUGCUUAGGAGGACGAAUGGGUGGCUUGUUGGGAUGCAUUCAUUUUCAAGGCACAUAUUGUGGCCCAUGCGAGGGGAGUGCAGCAUCCAAAGGGUGAGAUUUUUCGGGCUCAAAGAGCAGGCAGGCCAUUAACCAUUAACUUGCAAGAAUUUGGCCCAAGAUAUGAGGUAUUUACUUUCAUUUAUUUUAAGGCCUCACUGAUUAAAGAUAGUCUUUCUUAUUCUACUUCUUCUAUCAUGUCAAGAGAUGCAGAAAUGUCUCUCACCUUUUUGUCUGUGUAUAAGAUCUAUCUGAAACACAAUCUGAAACCAAACGCCUUCGAAUAGUAGUUUUCCAACCUUGUA